AUGUCCAUAGUGUUUAAGAAGAGCAGCUCCGAUGGGAAGCUUUCUAUCUACGUGGGGAAACGAGACUUCGUGGAUGAUUCAGACACCGCGGAGCCCAUUGAUGGAGUAAUCCUUGUUAACCCCAAGUAAUUAAAAGGUCGAAAGAUGUUUGCCAUGUUGACAUGUGCCUUUCGCUAUGGCUGUGAGGACUUGGAUGUGAUUGGUCUGACAUUCUGCAAAGAUCUCUAAAUACAGGCCAAGCAGGUGGCUCCAGCUGAACCCACCAGCAUCCAGGGCCCCCUCACAGCUUUACAGGAGCGGCUUCUGCACAAACUCGGGGCCAGUGCCUACCCUUUCACACUUCAGAUGGCUGCUAACCUGCCCUGCUCGGUGACACUGCAGCCUGGGCCUGAAGAUCAAGAAAGUGGGUUCCAGCCUUGUGGGGUUGACUUUGAAGUGAAGAGUUUAUGUGCAGAAAAUCUGGAUGAGAAAAUCCCUAAGAGUGAUUCUGUGCAGCUGGUUAUGAGGAAAGUGCGGUUUUCAGCCCUGGAACCAGGCCCUGGUCCCUGGGCACAGACCAUUCGCAGCUUCUUUCUGUCGGCUCAGCCCCUACAACUCUAGGCCUGGAUGGACAGAGAGGUUGUUCACUACCAUGGAGAAGCUAUUUCUGUCCAUGUUUCUAUCCACAACAAGGUCAUCAAAAGAAUCAAGCUUGCAGUUGUGCAGAUCACAGAUGUUGUCCUGUAUUCACUAGACAAGUACACGAAGACUGUGUUCAUUCAGGAGUUCACAGAGACAGUAGCUGCUAACUCCAGCUUCUCCCAGACCUUUGCAGUAACCCCACUCCUGGCUGCCAACCACCAGAAACAGGGCCUGGCACUGGAUGGCAAACUCAAGCACGAAGCCACCAAUCUGGCCUCUAGCACAAUUCUUCGACCUGGGAUGAACAAGGAGCUUCUGGGGACCCUGGUGUCCUACAAAGUUAGAGUCAACCUGAUGCUGUCCUAUGGGGGUAACAUCCUCCGAGGUCUUCCAGCCAGUGAUGUUGGUGUGGAGCUGCCCCUGAUCUUGAUCCAUCCAAAGCCAUCUCAUGGUGAGAGACCAGUGGCUACCAGCUCAGAGGACAUAGUCAUCGAGGAGUUUAUGCAGCAGGACAGCCAGGCCCAGAGCUAGACAGCUCCAGCAGCAAACGGAGUUAACAGAAGCCAAUAGCCUCUCUCUGAUAAUCCUGUGUGGAAGUCUUCACUGCAACACUCUAAUAAAUUGCUUUGUCCAGACAUGGCGGGUGAUCGUUGUGCUAUUUCCUUCUUGGAGAUUACUGGAACUACAGAGAAUGAUUUGUCUGCUUCAGGCACUAGUACCCCUUCCUCCCCCACAACCCUUAUUCACAAGCCUGAUUACAUUACCUGUACUAAGUACCUUGGCCCUAUGAGGUCCCAGACUUUCCUCUGACAAGUCACUUGCCUUUUCUCUCUGGCUUCAGCUACCCUGGCCCCCACUUGAUCACUUAUUCUUGUGAUCACCUUUUGGCCUAGCAGUACCUGGUGCUUACACGGUAAGGAACCCCAGAGAGGAAGCCAAAGGGGAAUGGACACUCCCAGGCCUGGCUAUGAGGCCAGCUGUUACCAAUUGCCACCGGAGAGGAACAUGAGGUGAUACCAGGUGGUACAGACUCAAGCACAGAAAACCAUUGCUACACCAUCUCUGCCUGCCCAGUUCAAGGGACGUUUUUGGUCCUUCUAAGGUGAGGCCAAGAGCCCUAGAAUGAGGCCAGAAGCUGUGACCUAGAGAGCAAUAGGAAACACAUAUACCCAUCUCUAUGCAAAGCCAGGCUCAUAUUUCUGGUCUGGGAUGGGCUUUGAGAUAAGAAGCUAUGAAUGCUAUGGAAUGGAUUGGAGAAGCUAC